CCCCUUCAAUGGUGACGCAAACGGAGUGGAAAUAAAUUCACGUGAACGAGUUUGAUGUUUUAUUUUCCCCCCCAAGAUUGCAAUAAUGUGAAAGUAGCUUAUUUUUACCGCUCCCUUGACGAAUCAGCUAACAGGCCAUUUAGCCAGUCGGCCAACCGCUCCACACCGCGUGCGUCAGUCCGUCCGUCCGCCCAUCCAUUUGGCGAUCAGGCCCCGUUCCGAGUGACCCACCCGGAUGUAGACUUAAGAGCAUUUCCUGAUGUGUGUAUACCGCCUCCCAGAGACACUCUUCACUGGUCCAAUUUUUUCCCAAUUCACGCGAUAGGAAGUGCCUGUCUUGAGUCAGCAUCGUAACUUCGUGUUGGACGAGGAAGCAGAACGUAUGGGACCCCACAGGAUGCAAAUAAUCACCUAAACGUGUGCACCUGCUCUUUUGGUAGCCGCUCUCCCCAUCGACCACGCGUGGAUAAUGCGCCUAUAGGUGUGUUGGCCUACACCAUAACUUCCAAACCAAUUGCACGGAAAAAUGAACGAGUCAGUUAGCAGCCCAAUCAAGGCCACAUGCAGGGACAUGGCCUUGAAGAGCAGCCUGCAUUCCUUCACCUUCAGCUUAAAAGACUUCGACAUCGCGGGGUUUUUGGGAGACGGAGCCCACGGCAGCGUGUUCCUGGCCUGCGAAAGGAGGACCAACUUCAUUUGCGUGCUGAAGUGCAUAUCGAAGUCGCACCUGGUGAAGAGCACACAGGAGGCCCUGCUCAGAAAAGAGAUAGAACUACAGGCGCAUUUGAAGCACCCCCACAUAGCAUGCAUGUACACGUGGUUCCACACGAGCAGCCACGUCUUCUUCGUGAUGGAGUACUGCUCGAACGGAGACCUCUUCACCUACCUGAACGAACAUGGCCCAUUCGCCGAAAAAAAGGUGGCAGAAAUGUUAUUCGAAAUUAUAUGGGCAAUAAGAACAUGCCACGACAAAAGAAUCGCUCACCUGGAUUUAAAGCCAGAGAAUGUGCUAGUAAAUCAUGAGGAGAAAUGUAAGCUGGCGGAUUUCGGGCUAUCAGCUCAUAUAGGGUCGAAGCAUAAAAAGAAGGGGAUCUCCCAUUACAGAGGGACCCAUGAUUAUUGGUCCCCAGAACAGUGUGCAAGGCAUCAAAAGAAAAAACAAAAUUUUGGAGAAUUUGAUCAAAAGACGGACAUAUGGACGUUAGGCAUUUUGGCAUUUGAACUCAAAUUCGGGAGACCUCCAUUUGGGUCUACCAAUGAAGAAAGAGAGACAGUCAUUAUGAAUAGAAUUCAGGACUACCAUUGGAGCCAACUCUUUUGCGAAAAGAUGAAACAAGAUUUGAUUGACAAAUUAUCUCCAGAAUUUAAGGACUUUUUAAACCUUUGUUUAGAUAAGAACCCUAAGAAGAGACCAACAGCAGAAACGCUAAUUCAGCACCCCUUUAUUUUUCUUCAUAACAAGAGUAGGCCUUGCAUCAAGUCCUAUGCCACCCAACCGAGAGGCAAGCAGGGGCCUAAGUUGAGUCACAAGGGGUUUAAUGAGCAGGACGGCUCCUUCCUCACGCCCAUAUGGUUCCACAAUAAGGGGUAG